UGCUGAGGUUGAAACGCCUGACUGACGGGGCUCAGCAAUUGGCGGGAGGGGAGGCGUUAACUCGAGGGAGGAGAAACGACCCCUGAGCGACAGCAGCCGCCGCGCCACCGAGGCUCUAUCCUCCCCCAAGGCUAAACGAGGGAGGCUGAGACCUUACGUUGCGUAAAGGCCGCUCGACCCGGAAACAAACCUUUUAAAAACCCACUCUCUCAGGGGCGGGAGGAAUCGACGCGUCCGGAAGAGCGGACAGCUUCACCGUUGCUAGGCGACAAGUCAGGCGCACCUGAGCGCUCUCGGGACCAAGACCCAGUGGAGCUGCGUCCCCACUCUGGAGGCAGGACAGAGAUUCCUUUGUCAUCAGAUGUCUUUCUGCUUGACUGAGCUACACCUGUGGUCUCUGAAGAGUACCUUACACAUUGCGGAUAGAGACAUCGGCGUCUACCAGUACUAUGACAAGAAAGAUCCACCAGUGUCAGCAACAGAGCAUGGUAACUUAGAAGAAAAACAGAGGCUGGCAGAGUCACGAGAUUAUCCUUGGACACUCAAAAAUAGACGCCCGGAAAAACUUCGAGACACACUGAAAGAAUUGGAGGAAUUGAUGCAAAACAGUCCGUGUGUGCUGAGCAAAUGGAAGAACAAAUACAUCUGUCAGCUCCUCUUUGGUUCAGGUGUGUUGGUGUCCCUAAGCCUUUCUGGGCCUCAGCUGGAGAAAGUGGUGAUUAACAGAAGCCUGGUGGGGAAGCUCAUCUCAGACACCAUCAGUGAUGCUCUUCUUACAGACAGUUUCAUCAUCUUAUCAUUUUUGGCGCAAAACAAACUAUGUUUUAUUCAGUUUACAAAGAAGAUGGAUUCUCUUGAUGUAAACAAGAGAUUGGAAAAACUCUCAGCCUUGGAUUAUAAGAUUUCCUAUUAUGACAUACCUGGCCCAGCAAACAGGACACUAGAGCGUCGCUUAGCUAUCAAUUCCAUUCAGGAUGUAGUUGUUUGCUGGUGGCCGCUGGUCAGUGAUGGCGCUUGGCCUUGGACUCCAAUCUCUUCUGAGAAGGACAGAACCAAUCUCCUGCUCCUGGGUUUUACUCAAGGAGGACUGCAGGUUCUGAGUUCUGUUCGCACAGAAUGGAAUCCUCUGGAUGUUCGCUUUGGCACCAAGCAGCCUUAUCAGGUGUUCACAGUGGAGUGCUCCAGCGGUGUAGACAAGGAGCCCAUGGCUGACAGCUGUGUCUAUGAGUGUGUCCGGAACAAACUCCAUUGCGUGUCAGUUACCAGAAUACCACUAAAAUCGAAGGCCAUCAGCUGUUGCAGGAAUUCCACUGAAGACAAACUGAUUGUGGGCUGUGAAGACUCGUCAGUAAUUCUCUAUGAAGCGCACCGCGGAGUGACUCUCUUGGCCCAGGCUGAACUUUUGCCGUCAUUAAUAAGCUGCCACCCAAGUGGUGCCAUUCUGCUAGUUGGCAGCAACCAAGGGGAACUGCAAAUUUUUGACAUUGCUCUAGCCCCUAUUAACAUCCAGCUCUUGGCUGAAGAUCGCUUACCCAGGGAGACUCUGCAAUUCAAUAAAUUCUUUGAUGUUUCAAGCAGUCUUGUUCAAAUGCAGUGGAUAGCUCCUCCUGUUGUUUCCCAGAAGUCUGAAAGAGGAGAAAUCUAUGAUCUCCUCUUCCUCAGGUUCAAUAGAGGACCUGUGGGUGUGCUGUUGUUUAAACUUGGCGUCCUCACUCGAGGACAGCUUGGCCUGGUAGACCUCAUCUUCCAGUACAUUCACUGUGAUGAGAUGAAUGAGGCAAUAAACAUCCUGAGCAGCAUGAACUGGGACACCAUGGGCCAGCAGUGCUUCGUCAGCAUGAGCGCCAUCAUGAACCAUCUUCUUCGACAAAGACUCACUCCAGAGAGAGAAGCGCAGCUUGAGACAAGCCUUGGAACCUUCUACGCUCCAACAAGACCACUUUUGGAUACAACUAUUUUGGAGUACAGAGACCAGAUCAGCAAGUAUGCCAGGAGAUUCUUCCACCACUUGCUCAGGUACCAGAGAUUUGAAAAGGCCUUUCUUUUAGCUGUUGACAUUGGUGCUCGUGACCUGUUUAUGGAUAUUCAUUACCUUGCCCUGGAUGUGGGUGAACUGGCACUGGCUGAAGUGGCGAGAAGAAGAGCAUGUGACAUUGACGUCAUGUCAGUAUCUUCUGGAGUCGAACUCCUGGGGCCCUUGGAUGGAAGAGACAUGCUAAAUGAAGCUUUUGCUGGCCCAGCUUUAACACCUGAAGGAGAAAACACAUUUCCAGAUCUUCCUUCCAUUGGUUCCACACACAGGCAUGCUGUUCAUCAGAAAAUACCAAAUGGCCCUUCUAACAGCAGACAGGCAAUCGAGAAAAGGAGUGAACAGGAGGGGAGCCCCCACCCUGACUCUUCGGUGAUCACUGCCUCAGAUGCAGAAGGAGGACUGAAAGAAGACUACAGGGGACAGGACAUUGGAGAUGUUGGUUCUCUCAGAAUGGUUCAUUUUGGUUUGGUGUAAAUCACUAGAAACUCAAAAAAAAAAAA